GGACGCUAUACCUCUGCUGCAGCCAUGAGGUUACACACAAGCUCACUAUGGCAAUCUGUUGCCGUGAUUCUCUUACUGGGCGGCGCAGCACAUGCCUCGUUGGGUGACAGGCUGCCCGAUUUCAAACAUUGUCUGGAGGUCUGCAAAGAAGCUAAUUGCGGCGAAAACCCUACGACGAUUCCCUUCCACCGCCGCCUCUUGAUGUGGGAUUGUCCUGCCGAAUGCGACUACACCUGCCAACACGUCGUAACCACGGAACGCCUCGCUCGCGACCCGCCGUACAUGCAGCCCAUAUACCAAUUUCACGGCAAAUGGCCCUUCUACCGCUUCAUGGGCAUGCAGGAGCCCUUCAGCGUCAUCUUCUCGUUGUUCAACUACCUCGCUCACAACUGGGGCAUGACGCAGCUGCGCGAAAAGAUCCCCGCUUCCUACACCCUGCGCAAAUACUACCUCUGGUUUGGCUACGUCGGCCUGGCCAGCUGGACUUUCAGCAUGAUCUUCCACACCCGCGACUUUGGUAUCACGGAGAAGCUGGACUACUGGGCCGCGGGUGCCAACGUGCUGUACGGAUUGUACUACGCGCCGAUCCGCGUUUUCCGCCUCGAUCGCAAUGACCCUCGGAAGCAAAGUUUGCUCAGGCUGUGGACUGUGCUAUGCAUACUGCUAUACAUUUUGCAUGUCGGCUAUCUCUCGCUGUGGAGCUGGGACUACACAUACAACAUGGCCGCCAACGUUGCCGUCGGCACACUGGCCAAUCUGCUAUGGAGCGGCUUUAGCUACGUGCAGUACAAGCGAAUCGGACGGACGUGGGCGGUGCUGCCAGGUAUAUGCGUGGCAUGGGUCAUCUCGGCGAUGAGUCUGGAGCUGAUGGACUUUGCACCGUGGAAGGGCAUGAUCGAUGCGCACAGCCUGUGGCAUCUGGGGACCGUGGUACCGACGGUUCUCUGGUACAACUUCUUGAUCAGGGACGCACAGGAAGACAUAGCAGGCGCACGGAAAGGAAAGGACUAGGGCACACUGUGCGACGUAUACGAAGCGUGAGCUCAUCAACACACACCACUUCAGCGGGAG